CCGGGCGCCCAUGGCGUUCGCGCUGCUGCGCCCGGUAGGCGCGCACGUGCUGUACCCGGACGUGCGGCUUCUGAGCGAGGACGAGGAGAACCGCAGCGAGAGCGACGCGUCGGACCAGUCGUUCGGCUGCUGCGAAGGGCUGGAGGCGGCCCGGCGCGGCCCGGGUCCCGGGGGCGGGCGGCGGGCGAGCGGCGGCGCGGGCCCCGUGGUGGUGGUGCGGCAGCGACAGGCGGCCAACGCGCGCGAGCGGGACCGCACGCAGAGUGUGAACACGGCCUUCACCGCCCUGCGCACGCUCAUUCCCACCGAGCCGGUGGACCGAAAGCUGUCCAAGAUCGAGACGCUGCGUCUGGCGUCCAGCUACAUCGCGCACCUGGCCAACGUGCUGCUGCUGGGCGACGCGGCCGACGACGGGCAGCCGUGUUUCCGCGCGGCGGGCGGUGGCAAGAGCGCGGUCCCCGCCGCCGACGGCCGUCAGCCGCGCUCCAUCUGCACCUUCUGUCUCAGCAACCAGCGCAAGGGGGGCAGCCGUCGUGACCUGGGGGGCAGCUGCUUGAAGGCGAGGGGGGUAGCACCACUCCGAGGCCCUCGGCGAUGAGUCUGGGUUCUUUCAGUGUUUGCUCCAAGAAGGACUCCGGAGAAAGCAGCCAGGAGCCAGCCCCUAGCUGGACAGGGGGGAAGAUUCCAGAAGCCCAAGCCACUCCUGCUUUGUGUAGGGACCAGAGGACAAUGGCCUGCACACAGGGCCCACCCUGGAGAGCCACGAGGACCCAUCUAGCCAUCCAGGCCUAGAUGGCCGGGGACAAGGCAGAAGUUUUGGAAAACCAAAGACUAUUUUUGAAAGUGUGUGCGUGUGCUUUGAGUGAAUGUGAUGUGAGAGAGUUGGUGGGGUUAAA